GGUAAUGAUCCAUUCUCCUGUUUUCCCGUUUUUCCCUGUGGCCGUAUUGAGUGGAAAACGGAGUCUGCCUGCUGCCUGCCUGCCUGGGAAUUUGCUUAAGCACAUCAGCGGCCACUGCCAUGGCUGAACGCCGCGCCUUCGCCCAAAAAAUUAGCAGGACUGUGGCAGCAGAGGUUAGGAAACAGAUAGCUGGACAGUAUGGAGGCUCCCCACAGCUCUUCAAAAACCUCAACGUCGGAACAACAACAAGUAACACAGUUCCGCUCACGGAGGCGGUGGAGCCGGUGGAUUUUGAGGAGUACCUUAUCACUCACCCUCCCAUCGUUGAGUCAGGUCCCCUGAGAGAUCUGAUUGAGUUUCCCCCAGAUGACAUUGAGGUCAUCUACACACCAAGGGAGUGUCGCACAGUUGUACAAGCUGUCCCUGAAGAUGGGGACACUGAUCCUCAUGUUAGAGACUGUGUCAGAUCCUACACAGAAGACUGGGCAGUUGUCAAUAGAAAAUAUCAUAAGCUUGGUACUGGCUUUAAUCCCAACACUCUGGACAAGCAGAAGGAGCGCCAGAAAGGCCUCCCCAAACAGGUGUUUGAAGCUGAUGAGAUGCCAGACAGCAGCAGUUACCAGGAUGACCAGGAUGACUUGAAGCGACGGUCAAUGUCUAUCGAUGACACUCCGAGGGGUAGCUGGGCCUGUAGCAUUUUUGACUUGAAGAAUUCCCUCCCCGAUGCCCUGCUUCCUCACCUCCUCGACCGUGCCCCCAAUGAGGAGAUUGACCGGCAUAACGAAGACCAGCGCAAGGCCAACCGCCACCGUGAACUCUUUGCUCUGCACCCCGCCCUCGAUGAGGAGGAGCCCGUUGAGCGCCACUGUGUGCCUGAAGUACCCAAAGAACACUUUGGACAGAGGCUACUUGUCAAGUGCUUGUCCUUGAAGUUUGAGAUCGAAAUUGAACCCAUAUUUGCUAGUUUGGCCUUAUAUGAUGUCAAGGAAAAGAAAAAGAUAUCAGAAAAUUUUUUCUUUGACCUAAACUCUGAGCAGACAAAAGCGAUGCUGCGUCCUCACAUUCAGACAGCAGCCAUCUCCACGCUGGCUCGCUCUGCCAUAUUCUCCAUCACCUACCCCUCCCAGGAUGUCUUCCUAGUCAUCAAGCUGGAAAAAGUACUGCAGCAGGGUGAUAUUGGAGAGUGCGCAGAGCCCUAUAUGGUCUUCAAAGAGUCAGACGCUGCCAAGAACAAGGAAAAGCUGGAGAAGCUUCGCAGCCAGUCAGAGCAGUUCUGCCAGCGUCUGGGGCGCUACCGAAUGCCCUUUGCGUGGACCGCCAUCCAUCUAAUGAACAUUGUUAACAGUGCCGGCAGCCUGGAGAGAGAUACAGAGCUGGAGAUGAGCCUCUCAGAGAGGAAAGGCUCAUGGUCUGAACGGAGGAACUCGAGCAUUAUGGGAAGGCGUUCUCUGGAGAGAACCACAAGUGGAGAUGAAUCAUGUAGCCUGACAGGUUUUAGACCUGCAACACUUACCAUCACCAACUUCUUUAAACAGGAGGGAGACAGACUUAGUGAUGAGGAUUUGUACAAGUUCUUAGCUGAUAUGAGAAGACCGUCUUCAGUGCUGAGGAGACUCAGACCUAUCACAGCCCAGUUGAAGCUGGACAUUUCUCCAGCUCCAGAGAACCCCCACUACUGCUUGACCCCUGAUCUCCUGCAGGUUAAGCCUUACCCAGACAGCAGGGUGCGUCCCACCAGGGAGAUCCUUGAGUUUCCUGCCAGGGAUGUCUAUGUGCCGAACACCAUAUACAGAAAUCUGCUAUAUGUGAACCCUCAGAGUCUGAACUUUGCCAACCGCCAAGGCUCCGCCCGCAACAUCACCGUGAAAGUGCAAUUUAUGAACGGAGAAGAUCCAAGCAAUGCAAUGCCGGUAAUAUUUGGGAAGUCAAGUUGUGCUGAUUUCUACAAAGAGGCCUACACUGCAGUGGUGUACCACAACAGAUCUCCCGACUUUCAUGACGAGAUUAAGAUCAAACUGCCCGCCUCUCUGUCAGACCACCACCACAUUCUUUUCACCUUUUACCAUGUCAGCUGCCAGCAGAAGCAGAACACACCACUGGAGACCCCUGUGGGAUACACGUGGAUUCCAAUGUUGCAGAACGGGCGUCUGAGAACGGGACACUUCUGUCUGCCCGUGUCUCUGGAAAAACCACCACAGUCCUACUCUGUUCUCUCCCCAGAUGUCCCUCUCCCGGGCAUGAAGUGGGUAGACAACCAUCGAGGAGUAUUCAAUGUAGAAGUGGUUGCUGUUUCAACCAUCCACACACAGGACCAGUACCUGGAUAAGUUCUUUGCAUUGGUGCAUGCCCUGGAUGAGCACAUGUUCCCAGUAAGGAUAGGAGACAUGCGCAUCAUGGAGAACAACCUGGAAACUGAGCUCAAGUCCAGCAUUGCAGCACUAAACUCGUCCCAACUGGAACCAAUAGUUCGAUUCCUUCACCUUCUACUUGACAAGUUGGUGUUGCUGGUAGUGCGCCCGCCCGUCAUUGCUGGACAGAUAGUGAAUCUUGGGCAAGCAUGUUUCGAGGUGAUGGCCUCCAUAGUGAACCGUCUUCAUAAGUACCUGGACACCAGCCAGGACAUGCACGGACGCAAUAGCCUGCUGUCUUCAUACAUCCACUAUGUCUUCCGCUUGCCCAGCACCGACCCCAACUCACCCUCGCCAGGCCCAGGAGGGUUGGGAGGUUCGGUUCACUAUGCCACCAUGGCUCGCUCAGCUGUUCGACCAGCCAGCCUUAACCUCAAUCGCUCCCGUAGUCUUAGCAACAGUAACCCCGACAUCUCCGGUACGCCCACCUCUCCUGACGAUGAGGUCCGCUCCAUCAUUGGCAGCAAGGGCUUAGACCGAUCCAACUCGUGGGUGAACACCAUGGGCUCUAAGAGUGCCCCCUGGGGAUCCAGCCCUGGGUCCGCUCCAGAAACCAUGCAGGCCAUGGAGCGCUGUGGCAAUCGCAUGUCUUCGCACACUGAGAGCGCCAGUUUCUUGCAAACUUUAACAGGACGGUUGCCCACAAAAAAGCUCUUCCAUGAAGAGUUGGCUCUCCAGUGGGUGGUGAGCAGUGGAAGUGUGCGUGAGGGUGCUCUGCAACAGGCCUGGUUUUUCUUUGAACUCAUGGUGAAGAGUAUUAUCCACCACCUUUACUUCACUGACCGCUUAGAGUCACCCAGGAAGAACCGUUUCCCAGAGCGCUUCAUGGAUGACAUCACAGCUCUGGUCAGCACCAUCGCUGGUGACAUUGUGUCUCGCUUCCAAAAGGAUCUGGAGCUGGUGGAGAGGCUGAACAUGAGCCUGGCCUUCUUUCUCAAUGACUUGCUGUCAGUUAUGGAUCGAGGUUUUGUCUUCAGCCUGAUUAGGGCAUACUGGAAACAGGUGUCCACAAAGCUUUACGCUUUACAGAACCCAACCCUGGAGUCUUUGCGGCUUGAUUUCUUAAGGAUUGUUUGCAGUCAUGAACACUACGUCACCCUCAACCUGCCCUGCAGCCUGCUCACACCACCUGCCUCUCCUUCCCCGUCUGUGUCCUCAGCAACAUCGCAGAGCUCUGGCUUCUCCACACAUGUCCAGGACCAAAAGAUAGCCAACAUGUUUGAGCUGUCUGUCCCCUUCAGAGAACAGCAUUAUCUGGCUGGACUGGUACUGUCUGAACUGUCAGUAAUACUGGACCCAGACAAUGAGGGGAUGUUCGGUCUGCAUAAGAAAGUAGUGAGCGUCGUUCACAACCUCCUUUCCAGCCACGACUCUGAUCCUCGCUACGCCGAUCCUGAAGUCAAAGCCCGUGUUGCUAUGCUUUACCUGCCUCUCAUCGGCAUUGUCAUGGAGGCACUGCCUCAACUCCACGAUUUUACAGAGUCACAUAAUCAGUGGGGUCGUCCGGGCGGCCCUCAGGGGGCAGCCGUAGGCACCAGCGGAGAAGAGACAGAGGGAGAAGGUAACAGCAUGAUCAGUCAGACUGUCGCCAUGGCAAUAGCAGGCACUUCAACCGCAUCUCCGAUGUCCCGACCGAGCAGCUUCUUGCUCAACUCGCAGGCGAGUCGUCAGCACGGGAGCUUCUCAGCCGAGUCCAGUCGGAGCCUGCUGAUCUGUCUGCUGUGGGUGCUAAAGAACGCUGAUGAGCUAGUGUUACAGAAAUGGUUCACAGACCUAUCAGUGUCCCAGCUCAAUCGCCUUCUGGAUCUCCUCUACCUCUGCGUCUCCUGCUUUGAAUACAAGGGCAAGAAGGCGUUUGAACGCAUGAACAGCCUAACCUUUAAGAAAUCCAAAGAUAUGAAGGCCAAGCUGGAGGAAGCCAUACUGGGCAGCAUCGGGGCCAGACAGGAAAUGGUGCGACGCAGCCGGGGGCAGCUAGAGCGGAGUCCAUCUGGCAGUGCUUUUGGCAGCCAGGAAAACCUUCGAUGGAGAAAGGACAUGACCCACUGGAGACAAAACAGCGAAAAGAUGGACAAGACGAGAGCAGAGCUGGAACAUGAAGCUCUUAUUGAUGGUAAUCUCGCAACAGAGGCCAAUUUAAUAAUACUUGAUACUCUGGAGAUUAUUGUACAGACAGCAUCAGUGACGGAAUCCAAGGAGAGUAUCCUGGGUGGAGUGCUGAAGGUGCUGCUCCACAGCAUGGCCUGCAACCAGAGCGCCCUCUACCUUCAGCAUUGUUUUGCCACACAGAGGGCCCUGGUAUCUAAGUUUCCCGAACUGCUCUUUGAGGAAGAAACAGAGCAGUGUGCUGAUCUGUGUCUGCGACUGCUGAGGAGCUGCAGCAGCAGCAUAAGCACGAUCAGAUCCCAUGCCAGUGCUUCCCUCUACCUCCUCAUGAGGCAAAACUUUGAGAUUGGCAAUAACUUUGCAAGAGUAAAGAUGCAGGUGACAAUGUCUCUUUCCUCGCUGGUUGGAACGUCUCAGAAUUUCAAUGAAGAGUUCCUCCGUCGCUCUCUAAAGACCAUCCUUACCUAUGCAGAGGAGGACCUGGAGCUGAGGGAGACCACGUUCCCGGAUCAGGUUCAGGACCUUGUUUUUAAUCUGCACAUGAUCCUGUCUGACACAGUGAAGAUGAAGGAGCACCAGGAAGAUCCUGAGAUGUUGAUAGAUCUCAUGUACAGGAUUGCAAAAGGUUACCAGACAUCUCCAGACUUGCGGCUGACAUGGCUCCAGAACAUGGCUGGAAAGCACUCUGAGAGAAACAACCAUGCUGAGGCUGCUCAGUGUCUGGUGCACAGUGCUGCCUUAGUGGCAGAAUACCUAAGCAUGCUGGAGGACCGCAAAUAUCUUCCUGUAGGCUGUGUCACCUUCCAGAAUAUUUCUUCAAAUGUGCUGGAGGAAUCUGCGGUCUCUGAUGAUGUAGUGUCACCAGACGAGGAGGGAAUCUGUUCAGGGAAAUAUUUCACUGAGAUUGGUCUCGUGGGUCUCCUAGAGCAGGCUGCUGCCUCUUUUUCCAUGGCCGGCAUGUAUGAAGCUGUGAAUGAAGUUUAUAAGGUACUGAUCCCAGUUCACGAAGCCAACAGGGACGCAAAGAAGCUAGCCACCAUUCAUGGUAAACUACAGGAAGCCUUUGGCAAAAUUGUUCAUCAGAGUACUGGCUGGGAGAGAAUGUUUGGUACUUACUUCAGAGUUGGAUUUUAUGGUACGAAGUUUGGCGACUUGGAUGAGCAAGAGUUUGUGUACAAAGAGCCUGCCAUCACAAAGCUGGCUGAAAUCUCUCACAGGCUAGAGGGUUUCUAUGGGGAGCGAUUUGGAGAGGACCAGGUAGAAGUCAUUAAGGACUCCAACCCUGUGGACAAGUGCAAGCUGGACCCAAAUAAGGCAUUCAUCCAGAUCACAUACGUGGAGCCGUACUUUGACACUUACGAAAUGAAAGACCGCAUCACAUACUUUGACAAGAACUACAACUUGAGGCGUUUCGUCUACUGCACUCCUUUCACCCUGGAUGGGCGAGCGCAUGGGGACCUGCACGAACAGUUCAAACGCAAGACCAUCCUCACCACCUCCCAUGCCUUCCCGUACAUCAAGACACGGAUCAACAUCAUCCACAAAGAGGAAAUUAUAUCCACACCGAUAGAAGUGGCAAUAGAGGACAUGCAGAAGAAGACUCAGGAGUUGGCGUUCGCCACCCACCAGGACCCUGCCGAUGCCAAGAUGCUGCAGAUGGUUCUUCAGGGAUCAGUAGGCACAACUGUGAACCAGGGUCCUUUGGAGGUAGCUCAGGUGUUCCUGUCAGAGAUCCCCAGUGACCCUAAACUGUACAGACACCACAAUAAGCUUCGGCUCUGCUUUAAAGACUUCACCAAAAGGUGUGAGGAUGCCCUACGCAAAAACAAGAGCCUGAUUGGUCCAGACCAGAAGGAGUACCAGAGAGAGCUGGAGAGGAAUUAUCACCGGCUGAAGGAGGCGCUGCAGCCUCUCAUAAACAGGAAGAUCCCCCAACUUUAUAAGCCUGUACUGCAGGUCAACUCGCACAGAGAUUCCUUCAGCAGAAUGAGUCUUCGCAAGCUUGACAUUUGAAGAUGAAGAGAACUACACACAAGCGCACCUGUACACCUACACAAACACUUAACCGAAACUGCAAUAUUAAUUUAUUCUCCAGUGUAAAUAGGAGUGUCUCUUGAAAGUUGGUCAGUGUUUGGAAAAAAGCGUGUUUAAAGAAAAGGCUGAAAAGACUUGCAGCUUGGUACGUCAUUCCAGUGUCUUAAUUUGUUUACAGACAAACUGUUACACAAUCAGCGCAGCAAACAAGUGGAACUUCAUAUUAAAGAGAUACCUUGGCAUUUAGAAUUUCUUUUUGCUAGUCAUUUCAGUAGGUAACAAGUGCUUAUACUGUCCCCAUGCUACCUUAAAAUAACAAAAAAA